AUGGGCAAGAAGGAAUUUGAUAGAGAUAUUGCAGUAAUGCAAACCUACAUAAUUAGAUAUGAAAUUAGAUUUUAAACUUGUAGACAUUAGUUAAAUCAAAAUAACUUCUAUAAGAGAGAAUAAAGAAUAGAGAAUUAUAAUUAAAAUGAAUUUAAUAAAAUAAAGCAAUUUGUGAAAGCCAAUUAGCAGAAACAUGUUUUUUAAAUAUCUAUAUUUAUCUGUUUAUUCCGAUACUAGAUAAAUAUUUCUGACAUUGUUGUUCUGUUCAAGACAUUCCUCUAAAAUUAAAAUAUUCAAAUUGUCAUUUAUAAUUAACUUUAGGAGUUAUAAAUUAAAUAGCUAUACCAGAUUCAUAAUUAGAUAAAGUUAAUCCAGAAUUCAAUUAAGACUUUGAAUUGUAAAUUGUUAAUUUCAAUGUUUUCUAGUUCGAUACCACCUUUAAUUUCUACUCUUUAGAUUUAAUUUUAUAUCAGAACUGAUAACUCUUUACCAACAUUGUGGGGUUAAGCUUAAUUGAAAAUUUAACAGCUAGAUGAUCAAGUUAUUAAAUAAGUAACAUUGAAAUUAUAAGACCCUGUUGGUAGAGAACUUGGUUCAACAAUUGAAUUAGAUGCAUAAAUUGUUUUAAAUAAAGUAAUUAUAAAUUUUGCUAAUAGAAAACAGCAUUAAUAUUUAUAGACCUAAUUGUAAAAAGUUGAUUAGAAAAUAUUUAUCUUGGACAAUGAUAUGAUUGAAUACAAGCAUAAUUUAGAAGUAAUUGAGAAACCAUUCAAAUCUAAAUAAUAAUAAAAAGAACAAAGUAAUAAAUAAUUGUCAUUAAAUAUAUUUUAUUAAAGAUUACAUACAUCUUAAAACUAAUAAGAAUAAGAUUAAAAUAUUAAUGAAAUAGAUUAAUAGAAUCAAUUAAAUUCACCUUUAGAAUAGAAAGAAUAAAUCUUAUCAAUUUUAUAAUCUGAGAAAUAAUUUGAAAUUUAAGAUUAAACUCCUGAAGCUCCUGAAAUUCUAUAACAUAACGUUAUCAUUUUUACUAUUUAUGGACUGAUCACAUUAUUUGUUUGUUCUGCUAAACCUUCUUUUUAGAUGUAAGAAUGUGAUUUUAUAAAUAAGGUAUUAGUUUGUCAUGGUUUAAUGUUCACUAUUUUAAUGGAUAGAUUUGAACCCUUACACAUAAAAGUAGUAGGAUUAGGCCUGCUUC